AUGACGAAGGUAGAAAGUACUUCAGGAGAAGUUUCAGAAUGGGCAGAUCUAAACAAAGACAUACUUGAACUUAUUUUCAAUAAGCUCGACGUGAUGGACAUUACCAUGGGAGCUUCACGUGUCUGCAUCUCUUGGUUCCUUGCUUCUCACAAUAAAACUCUGUGGAACACGGUCGACCUCACCAAUCUCCAAGAGUUAGAUGUCUCCCGCAUUUUCAACUUUAAGGAUAAAGAAAGACCAAUUUUCUUUUACAAGCACCCGGUUGACCAUAAACAUGGCCUUACGAAUCUUUUGACUAAGAUCAUCUCUCGGUUCUUUCUUGACUUUUUUGAAGUAGAAGGCAGCAUAAGUCUCAUGAAUCUAUUAGUUGAGAUCAGCAAGUUGAGCCGCAUGGCCCCCAAGAAUUUGUUCUUUAACUUCAAUUCCUAUAUACAGGAAAAUGGUCUCAAGUUCGCUGCUGAGAAGAUGCCAAAUAUAGAGAAACUUGCUUUACCAAUCUGGUGCUAUCAAAACGAGAAGUCAUUGCGGUUUGCAUUCAGUCAAUGGAAGAAUCUUAAAACAUUGAUCAUCGCUCAUGAACACUCUUUCAGCGGGAGAUUCGACUUUAAAGCUGUGGGGGAGAGCUGUAGUAACCUAACCAACUUAAAAUAUUUGGGUCGUUUGGAAGAAUACACGUCCAGGGAAAUAGUGUCUUACCUCCAUAGCCUCAAGAGGUUGAGUUUACGAUGCUUUUUGGUCAGUUCUAUAGCAGUUUACAGGUUUAUCACCGGCCUUCCAAACCUCACGAUUCUUAAUGUUUCACAUUGCAAAAACCCGUAUGAUUAUUUUCUUCCUAUAGCGAAAUCUAUAGACAAUUAUGUUAUAACAGCCGCCACUCAGAAGCUUGAGAAAUUUAUCACAUGUCCUCACGAUUGUAUGAUUUGCAAAGAUCGUUGUCGCUACUCAUUGUCUUAUCUCGCUGAGGUUUGGCGGAAUGAUGAGAUAAAGGAACUUGAAUUCUGA